AUGGAGUUGUUCCUGGGUAAAGCGCUCGCAGGUGGACGAUGCGGUGUUGUUUACAAAGUCGAAGUCCUGCGAGUCCUAUCUACAGAUGGUCAGGAGAUUUCAGAUCUUUCUUUGCCUCCUCUAGUCAUGAAGAUUGCCGGACUGAGGUACACUCCGCAUAUCGCCCGGGAAGCCUGGUUCUACGACGAGUUGGAAACGCUACAAGGCUCAAUCAUUCCGCGUUGCUUUGGCUUCUUUGAGGCCACCCUUCCGGAUAACACACCGAUCAUCCCAUGGAUAUUGCAUGGCCUAGACACAGGCAGAGACGAAUACGACGACGAAUACCCUUCGGAUCUACGAGGGUUAGAGAACGAAGAGGACUCUGAGGGCUUGAAUGAUACCAAGAAUCAUAACACUCGCAACAGGUACCAGAUCAAGCGUAGUCUCCACGAUCCUCGCGUUCCCUGUCCUCUGCGUAUCUCUCUUCUCCUACUGGAAGAACUUGAUCUAGCACAACUGCCCAUAGGGGUCAACGUAACUGAGGAAGUCCGAAAGGAAGUUCCUCAGAUGCUGCAAGAGCUGAACCGGUUUCAAGUGGUGCACAACGAUGUUGCCCGUAGAAACAUCCUCCGACCAUCGCGCUCACCCGAUGCUUACCCACGCCUUCCAUCACCGUACACAGGCCGCACAUACAACUGGCGCAUCCUAGACUUCAACGACGCCCGCAAGUACGAACCUAGUGACUGCGAAUUUCUCAACCGGAGCAUGGCGAAGCACCUCAUCGGAUUGUUAGAACGCGAUAUGAGUACUGAUUUCUCUUCAUCAAUGUAA